AUGCCCAGUCUGAAAGAGAGAUUUCCUGUUUUGUUCCUGGGCGAAUGGGAAGCCGUCACGCUUCUGGUCCGCGAAUGUUGCAUGAUGAGGGUUGUUAACGAAUUGUCUGAUAAACCUCAGUGGUGGCUCAAGGUCAAAGACGACAGUAUUGCUGCAAAGUGGAAAUCGGAGGCUUUGACAAUCGACUGGGCAUCGUAUAUCGAGAAUGCUCACUUCACUCCUUCUAUGGCCGAUGCGUGCAUCAGUGAACUACGGAAGAAAGCGGAAGUGUAUGAACAGACAGGGCUUAUGCCGGUCUACGAUUACUGCACUGCCGUCAUCAAGUCUGACAGCAUCCUAACCCCCGAGUUCGCCAAGUGUAUCCAAGAUACUGUCAAGCCACUUGAGGAUGUCCCCUCAAACUGCAAAGACUGGCACCCUAACAGCAACUAUCAAGUCUUGGAUUUGGUCCAUCCUUCCCUCUGGCCUUUGGUAUAUGGCAGCUCUAAGGUGCUUCAUGAUCGCACAAUCGGCGUUGAUGACGCUCUUGACUACUGCGACAUGGGUACUACAAUACGUCAGCCGACAAAGGCGGAGGCUACACUAUCUCCUGCCACUUCUUGGAGGAGUACUUCGAGAAACAAGGUGUUGAGCAGGGAGUUUCAAUGGCUACCAUGUGAUGUGGACCUCGAUCGAAUCACAGGAAAAGCCAAGAUUGCAAGCUACAUCAACAACCUUCAUCCUGUAGAGCAGGCUCACCUCUAUCCAAUCAUCGAGAAGCUCAUUGAGAAGUCUUUGCCAGCUUGGGAUCUUAUCUACAACUGGGAGGAUAAGUUUGCGAUUCAGCGUCUCGUAACAUCCAAUGUUCAAAAGCCAGUGUGCCCUUGUCCGGAAAUCUGCGGUCGACGCCGUGCUUGCAGGCCCCAGGCACGUCCUCUUGCCGAGGGAGAAGUUCCACGAAACCGAAAGGAUCUGGGACGCAACGCUCGUGACAAAGCCUGGUUCAGAGAGACUCAUGGCCCUGCGCUUCCUGACGCUGACCCCGAGGCCAAAGAUUACGUCAAAUUCGCCGCCUCCGACAUCAGAAGCAGUGGCUUCUUUGGAUGCAAAGACCGCUGUCAAGUCAUUGUCAAGCUGGCCAAUAUCCAUCUCACGCCAGAAAACCCUGAAUACAAAGGUGGCUCUUGGCAUACUGAAGGUCUUCUGAACGAACAUAUCGUCAGCACAGCACUGUACUACUACGAUUGUGAGAACAUCACGGACUGCACUCUCAACUUCCGGACAUGUGCCAACAGAGAAGACCUUGACGAUUCUGGCUCACGAACCUCGCUCGACUAUGAGCAGUACGACUGGUGGAGUAUCAAGCAGGCAUUCGCAAUCGAACCUCGUGGCCACACAUUUCAGAAUGUGGGAUCAGUACAGACAAAAGGCGGCCGGGCGUUGUUCUUCCCUAACCUCCUCUAA